UGUUGGGUGACAGUGAGGCUGCAGUAAUACAGUAGCUGCUGUUGCUCCUCCUGCUGCUGCUUCCUUCUGUAUUGCUCUCCGUGGACAACUUCUGUACUUCGGAAUCACUCCGAGGACGCUGUAUUUCGCGUUUCAGAUGCACAAUUAGCGGUGCCGGUCAUGCCCAUGACCCAGCAGGAGCAGAAUGAGUUCAGGGAGAGUUGGGAGGACGCGCAGGCAUGGAUGCAGGCCGUCCAGGAAAGACUCAAGAUCAAUGACAACACAGACGGACCCCGAGCGGCUCUGGAGGCCCGGCUGAAAGAGACGGAGAAAAUCCACGAGUCGGAGCAGGAGGGCCGUAUGAAAGUGGACGUGGUCCUGGUGGCCGCGGACGCUCUGCUCAAGAACGGAGACGAGGAGCUGAAGAACCAGACUCACCUCAAACUGAAGGAGUUAAAGACCCUCUGGGAGGAGACGUCCACCUACAUCAUCCACUGCCACAGCCGUAUCGAGUGGGUGUGGCUGCACUGGAACGAGUACCUGAAGGCUUACGAGGAGUUCAACAUGUGGCUGGUGAAGGUGCAGCGGGUGGUGGAGCCUCAGCUAGAGCUGCAGCUGGGUCUGCGGGAAAAGCUGUGGCAGCUGGAGCAUCACCGCGUCAUCUGCAGCGACUUGAAGGCCAAGGAACAGCUGCUGGAGCGCCUGCUGGAUGAGGCGUCCACCCUGUACAACCGCACCCAGGACCCCAGCGUGGACGAGGGCGCUCAGAACGCACUGCAAGAGGCGUACAAUGACAUCCGUACCAGGGCAGAGGAGAGGCUUGCACUGGUGGAAAAGGUGGCAGAGGAGCACCAGCGGCACCAAAACGGCGUUCGCGACUUCCAAAAGUGGUUGGUGUCGAAAACAGAAGAAGUGACUCUCUUCCAGGAGGUAGAGGACGUCUCGGAGGAGCGUGUGCAAGCCCUGAAGCGCCUGGAUACCAGCGUGGUCCUUAAAGAAGAGUCGCUGCUGAACAUCGAAGACCAGGUCGAGGCUGUAAAAGCUAACACGUCGCCCGCGGGAGCCGAGCUAAUCAGGGAGGAGGUGGAACAUCUGCGACUGGCAUGGCAGCAGCUGCGGCAGACACUGAUGGACCUCCACGCCGAUCUGAAGGGCUCUAUGGACGCCCAGAAAGAGUACCAGGGCCGGCGCGAAGAACUGGAGGAAGGCAUCAAGAAGCUUCGAGUGCUCGUGCAUGAAAUGAGCCUGCGCCUGGAGAAUAGGGAUGGAGAGAGGACCGAGGAGAACAUGGUGGCUCAGUGGAAGAGCUAUACAGACGCGAGGACCGUCCUCUCGGCCGAAGAGCCUCGGGUCGAGCUCCUCAAACUCCAGCUGAAGGAGCUCUACCGCUUCCCACACGAUUCCCGAGAAGUUGCGGAUGAAGUCCUGUCGGUGCUGAAAGAGUAUCGGAGUGUGAAAGGACGUACGUGUCGGCUGUACUCGGAAAGCGAAACGGCCCUAAAGCAGCUCCUACAGGAUCCCCUGCAUGCCUUCAGUCAUUGGAGUCAGCAGGCGUCUCAGAUGCUCGACAACUCGGCUGAAGUCACAGACUUCGCCCACGUCGCUUUGCUCGUGCAGAAUAUCGAGAAGCUGCUGAAAGACAGCGUGCAGCUGCAGGAGAGACUCAGCUUGCUGCAGGUGAAAGCCGACCUGCUGAGCGCCGUGUUUGGUGAGGAGAAAGCCCGGGGCCUGCUGGAGGAGCUCAGUGCAGACAUGAGGAAGCGAGAACAGCUUCACAGCCAACUUCUGCAAAGGAGACUUCGACUGCAGGAAUUAAUAUCAACCACCAAGAACUUUGGUGAUGCUCACCACUCUAUUCACCAGAAGCUCCUGUCUAUAAAGGAAAGAUUUCACACAGCAGACGGACUCCAACCUGAUAUCCUGGCUAAGAAAAGUCAGGCUGACCAACUGAAGAUCCUUAAGAAAGAUCUAGAAGACUGUGAGGCUCACAUCACCGCCCUGGAGACGCUCGUCUCGUCCAGCCCUGCUAACAGGUCCAAGUUCGAGCGUCUUUCCGCAGACUGGAAGCUGCUCUAUAAAUCCGUUCGGGUGAAGGCGAACGAAAGCGAGAAGAGCAUUUCGGAGCAUGAGAGUUUCCAUGACACUCUCCUGAACAUGGAGAAAUGGCUGAUGGUCAUGCGGCAGAAGCUGGAGUCGUUCCGAGGAGCGAACGGAGAGUGGAGCGUGGAGAACCGGCGUCACGAAGCAGAGAGGGCGCUGGGCGAGUUUCCCGAAAAGGAGCUGCAGCUGCACAGGGCCGAGGCGCAGGGACACGGCGUUCUGCAGAAAACCUCAGAGGAGGGUGGAGUUCACAUUCAGCGUGACCUCCGGCGCCUGCGGGAGUCCUGGAUGGCUCUUCAUGCGCUCAGUCUGAACCUGUACAGGCUCCUGAAUGGACACGGUGCCUCAGGUGACGCGUCCGAUUUGCUGGAGGGAAGUGGCGGAUCCACAAUCCAACUCCGACCUGAAGAUUGCUCAGGAUUCGAGGUCGACCUUCAGAUUACUGAGGGCUCGCAGACGGAUGGAGGAUCGGGCGGCGCGAAGGCUUUCGGGAAAUCGGUCCCCAGACAGGACGAUGCGUCUCAAACGGAGGACGGCCAGUUCAGCCGCCCGGGUGGAAUCCAGGGUGUCUGGAGACGGGAAACGAGAGGCCAUUCGGGAUUGGUUGAUGAAGUGGACUCGGUUGCAGUGGGACGUGGAUUUCAGGGUAUUGGAGAGCAGAAAGGUGGAGGACACGCCCACGGGGCGGGAGGUGGACCCGGGAAUCGAGGGAGAACAAGGGAAUGGGUUGAAGAGCACUCAUCCGGAAGAGAAAUGGUCAAAGUGCUGAACGAAGGCCACUAUGCAUGCGAUUCAUCGAAUGCAGACGUUCGACCGAAACAGGUGUCCGCGUUUACGCACGUUUCAGUGGCUUCGGCUCACGGUUUCACAGACCCCAAACAGGUAAUAGAGCGCAGAUCUGACUGGAAAUCUCAGAGGGAGGAGUUUGACGCCUGGCUGGGCAGAGAAAACGAGAGACUCGCGAGGAUCAUGAAUCAAAGCGCUCUGAGCACCAAAGAACUGAAGAUAAGACGGAACGCACUCAAGGACCUGCGUGCUGGCGUAGCGUGGGGUCAAGCUCAGUUUCAGCAGCUGCUCAGCUCCUGGCAGGCUGAAGCAGGACCCGAGGAUAUGGACCUGGAGGAGCUGCGUUACAGAUGGAUGCUUUAUAAAUCCAAACUGAAGGACGCCGAGAGCGUCAAAGCUCCGAUCGCACUCCAGGGUGAGAGAAUCCAGCAGGAGGAGCUCAUCCGGUCUGGAAAGGAGAGCUGCUGCGGGUUCCUGUACCGCGUGUGUCGCGUGGCUCUCCCUCUGCAGCUGCUGCUCCUCGCGCUGCUGCUCUUCGCCUUCCUCCUGCCCCUGAUGGACGAGGGCACGAGCUGCUCGCUGUCCAACAACUUCGCCCGCUCCUUCAACAUCAUGCUGCGCUACCAUGGCCCACCACCCACCUAAACACACACACACACACACACACUUACACACAGCUCUACACACACACACACAGGCAAUGUUAUGCACACAUAUACGCAUAGCCAUACAUAGAGGUACGAACAUAAGUAUUUACAUGUUCACGUAUAUUCACACACACACACACACACACACACACACACACACACACACACACUCAAACAUACGCAAGCAUAGCUACACAUGCGCACAAACCUAACUGUAAACACGUACACACACAGCUACUUAUACAUGCAUAUGCAUAGCUAUAAAUACACACACACACUGCUAUACAUGUACACACAUAUACACAGCGAUGCAUAAAAAAAUAAUAAUUUAUGGCUAUAGAAACAUUCAAAUGGCUGCAUACAAACAGACAUACAGUUAUUAAUGCAUGUACACACACACACCUAUAAACCCAUGUGCAUAGCCGCACACACACACACACACACACACACACACACACACACAGCUAUAAAUACAAAACCAAAUAUCAUGACUAUGGAAACAUUUGAAUGGCUACACACAGAGACAUACAGUUAUGCAUGCAUGUAUACACACACACACACACACACACACACACACACACACUGAAAAUCUCUCUUUGUAGGGGAAACAUCCUUCAGCAUCAAUCCCAGUCCAUAUUAACACACACACACAUUCACACACCUACACAGAUUUAUGCACUCUGAUCCACAUUUAAAUGUAAGCUGUUACAUCAUCAAGCUCCGUCCAGCUAAACACACACCCACACAACACCAACACACACACCCACACACACUCCAGCACAAUGAACAUCAUUUCAGACACCGAAACAUCAAUACGUAUAUUUAUUAUUAUUAUUAUUAUUAUUAAUAUUAUUAUAUGAUGGUGUCAACUUAUAUCCCCAUAGCGGGAAAAAAAAACAGAAUCAGAAAACAAGACGCACUGCAUGAAUCUGAGAUCAGUUUCUGUAGCAUCAUAUUUCACACUCGGCUGGGCCCAGCAGAACUCUGUGUGUGUGUGUGUGUGUGUGUGUGUGUGUGUGUGUGUGUGUGUGUGUGUGUGUGGAGGCUGGCUUUGACGCUGGCAACCUGUUUCUCACGAUUCGAGCUGUUGCGGUCUUAUUAUAAUACACGAAAAAGCGAUUGCAUGGACGGUUCUGUUCUACUGCGCCGUAGAAAAACCCGAGUGUGUGUUUGCAAUAUUCUGUUCAUCAUUACUGUAUUAACGUCCCUCCGUGGCUCAUUAGGUACGGGUAAUGUGGUAGCUCAGAGGAGGAGAUGUUGGACUUGUGAUUGGAAGAUUGUAGGUUUAAAUCCCACCACACCAUAAUGAUGCCAUUGUUGGGCCCUUGAGCAAGGCCCUUAACUUUUGUUUGCUCCUUUAUAUAAUUAAGACGCACUAUAUGGAUAAUUGUUUUGGGACACCUGACUUUACUUGAACUACAAAACUCAAACCUGUUCCACCAUGACAAUGCUCCUGUCCACAAAACCUGCUCCAUGAAGAUAUAGUUUAUAUUGGUUGCUAUGGAAGAUCUGGAGUGACCUGCUAUAGUUAUCUGAUCUCUGCUUCCCAGGGGUCCUCACCUCAACAACACCAUCAGUUCCUGACUUUACUAACACCCUUGUUGCUGAAUGACCAGAAAUCACCCCAAAUCUAGUGGAACAUCUUCCCAGAAGAGUGUGGAGCUUCUUCUAACAGUACCUGGUGACUCAAUGUGGAAUGGGAGGUUUAAACAACACAUAACAAUCUAAUGCGCAGGUGUCCACAAACUUUUGCCCGUAUAGUUUAUAUACUGUAUGCUAAUUUCCAUUUAACGCUACAUUUUUUGCUUCGUAUGCCCUUGUAAAUAUUUUAUACAAAAAUGAAAUCAGUAGCAGAAGAACCAAAGAUCGACCUUUUACUAUGCAUUAUUUUACAAAAGAAAACUUUGCUUGAUCAAACGCAACGUCAGGCCCCGAUAUCAAAGUUUGUCACGCCUGCUAAUUUCUUGCCGCUAAGAAGUUGUACUUUUUGUGUUUGAAGCCUGUAGUGUAAUUUGAACAGAUUUCUUGCUCUCGACAGUCAGUUCAUCAAAAUCAGCGCAAUUAAUAGCAUGCGCAUGUACGACUCCUACAGUAAAUUCACGAAGUAUGUUGGGAUAUAAAAAUUAUAUCGAAAUCUGAGGUAAAAAAUUCGCCCCCUUGUGUUAAAUGAACAUCAUGUACUCCGAACGUGUUCAUUCGCAACUUAAGUAGCAUCCAAAGAGAAAACAAUACGUAACCAAAAAGCUAGCUAGCUAGCUAGAAACGUUAUCUAACUCGCAGUUGUGACGCUUGUAUUUAGCGAUAGUAUCUAGCUUGCUUGCUGACGUAUGAGGUAAUGUAGCUAGCACACAUUACCACUAUUUUAGCAACUUAAUAACAAGCUAGGGCAAAUUUUUUUUGGGUUUUUUGUUUUGAAUUAUUUUGUUUCUUACUUUGUUCUGGCACACAAGAAUGAAGGCGGCGUGAUAUCACGAUCGUUAUGUGUAACUGUGUUUUAUUAACCACUACGAGGACAUAACGAGGUCAGCGUUUGCGUGAAAAUCUGAUAUUUUUGUAAAUGUAUUUGACUGUCUGAGGUAUUUGAAGUUCUGAAGGGUCCAGGCGACGGAGUGAAAACAGCCCAGGACAAGAAUUUCCUCGUGUAUUUUUUUGUAUUUUUAUUUAUUGAGCGUUUUUUUGUUUUUGUUUUUUUGGUCGCAGCAGACCGACUGUUGCCACAGCAACUAUGACUAAAUGUAGUUACCCCAUUUUUUGUCGAUCAUCAGAACGGUUCUGUACGACUCGGAUUACAUGCGUUUAUACUGCAUCGAACGACGUAAAGGGGGCGUGGCCUGAAAGCCUGCUGACGUGUGCACAUCUGUGUUUGUAUGUGUGUGAGCGUGUUUUUCAAGGAGAUUUGCAGGAAGCUCAGGUGGAUUUUUUUUAUUUAAAAGCAGUGUUAAAAACAAUCUGUCUUGCCUCAGAAAAACAGCGACGUUUUAUUUAUCUUUUAGACUGUGUUAUGCAAAACGAAAAAAAAAAACACUUCGUCUUGAAGAAUCUGUAAAGUCACCUGGAACUUUUCUGAAGUUUUUUUUUUUUUUUUUUUUUUUUAAUUACAUUUUUUUUUUGGCAACAUUUCACACGGAAAUUUAUACAACUGCAGCUGUUUGGCGUACAAAUUGUUUGCUCAGCUAAAGAUUUGCCGUUCUGUAGAAUUAAUUUCUACGGUUAAAUCAUCAGUUCGUCAAGCAGAUUGUCAGAACAAAAACAAACAAACAAAAAAAAAAGUCAUCAAGCGUUUCUACCAUUUCAAAAUUAAGGAUACAAACGAGAAACUGAUAUCAGUUGUGUGGCAGUUCGAUUAAUGCACCAAAAAAACACUACAAAUAAAAAAAAAAACUUUUAGUAUCUUUUUUUUUCUUAAAUUUUUCUUUUAUAAAUAUUCAAUUUUAAUAUAAUUUUUUUUCUUUCAAAUUUUAUCAUUUUUUCCUUUUGAUUCACUGCUCACUGUGAGUCCGAUUAUCAUUUUUAGUAAAAAUGUUUUUAACCAUUUUUUUUUCUUUCAUUAAAAGGAGAGUUUUUGAAAAUGUAUAAAUUUACCUAGAACUUGUCUAAUGGUAGCUUGAUCAGCUUUUCAUAUUAGCUAACCAGGAUACUUGUUUAUCUUAACAUCCAGUGAGAGUUUUAUGGUAAAGCAGCCUGCAUUUGCAUACUGGAACCUAAUUGGCUUUUCUUUUUUAUGAUGCAACAAUUCUCAGAUGAUACAUAAAUACGUUUUUCAUUUCUUUUUUCCAAAUUAGAUUCACAUCUCCUGUGUUUUUUCAAGAACAUCACCAAUGAGCUUUGUCAGAAAUUAAAUUAUUUCAAUAAUAGAAGCAGAGGGGAAAAAGUAAUUUUUAAAAAUACAUUUAAUAUUUAUAAAAAUUGUUUUAAUAUAUUUUCCGAACAAUCUGAUUUGGUUUCUGUGAGCCACAGUGUGGAGUGUAGUGACGUAUCAUUUCUUUUUUUGUCCUCUCUAUCGCAAUAUACAGCAUUGUUGAUUGCUUCAUUCUGAUUGGUCAAAAGCGAAUCGUUUCCAGAGCAACAGGAAGCUUACUCAGGAGUCCUCCGUUUCAUCUUUUUAAAUUUUACUACACAGGAAAAUCAAAGAAUGUUGGUUUUUUUGGGGGUUUUUUUGCCAAGAAUUUCAACACUAUAUGCAGGAAAAAAAAUGCACUGAUUUGAAUCAUAAACAUUUUGACUUCAAAGAAGUUUCAGGUGACUUUAAAAUAGAACCUCCACUAAUACUUGAUACCUGCGAAACCAAAACCUGUGUACAGUCAGUCGGCUGUCCUCAAUCAGCUACGAUGUGUCCUAGAAGUGUUGCUUCAUCGUGCACUGCUUUAUAUUGUUUGUCUUUAAAGGGGGAAAAAAAAGGAAAGUAAACCUUUAAACGUCCUGUAUGGCGGAUCGGAAGCAAUUCUUUUCAAAAUCCAAUAAUUUAAGGAUUUUUUUUUUUUUUUCUUUUCUUUCUGUAGAAGCUUUCGAAUGUUAAACCUGUGCUGAGCUUGACGUUUUAUUAAAAAGACCAGGUUCAUGCUAUUUUCAUACAAUAUUUUUUUGAAAUGUAUAACAUUAAGCUGCAAUACUGUAUUUAACCGAUAUUUUUGUAUUUUUAAUCAUGGCAAUAAAUACGCAACAUGUUCGCAGCCUA